CUUCGGCUGCGGGAGGCGGAUGACCUCGCUUCUGCCCUGGAGGGGCCAUGCUUCGCCGGCUGGGCACUAGGUGGCUGCGGCCACUGCCUGCACUGCAACUCGAGGCACGGGGCCCCCUGCUUAAGGUGGUCCCAACCGGCAGCUUAAAGCGUUCCGUUUUGCCGGCGUGGGCAGUGGCCUCAGUCUCUGCAGCCGGCCCUGGCGGCGCGGGCAGCUGGUAUGAAGCCCUGGCCGCGUCGGCGCCGGUGCAGGGCGCGGAGGUGGUGCUGCUUGGUGCACACGGGGCCACAAGCCUGCCCUGGUGGGGGACCAUCCUUCUCACCACCGUGGCGCUGCGCGGUGCCGUCACCCUGCCCCUGGCCGCCUACCAGCACUACAUCCUGGCUAAGGUGGAAAAUUUGCAGCCAGAAAUAAAAAACAUUGCCAAACACCUUAACCAAGAAGUUGCAAUUCGUGCAAAUCAGUUAGGUUGGUCCAAAAAAGUUGCCAGGCUCACUUAUCUGAAGAACAUGCAGAGGCUUGUGUCAGAGCUGUAUGUUCGGGAUAACUGCCACCCUUUCAAAGCCACUGUGUUGGUCUGGAUUCAGCUUCCAAUGUGGAUCUUCAUGUCUAUUGCUCUCCGGAAUUUCAGCACAGGGGCAGCACAUUCAGAAGGUUUUUCCACUCAAGAGCAGUUAGCUACCGGUGGAGUCCUUUGGUUCCCUGAUCUUACUGCACAGGAUUCCACUUGGAUUCUACCUGUCUCCGUUGGUGUCAUUAAUUUAUUAAUAGUGGAGAUUUUUGCUUUGCAAAGGAUUGGAAUGUCUCAUUUUCAGACCUAUAUUACAUAUUUUCUUCGUGCAAUAUCAGUGCUGAUGAUUCCAAUUGCUGCAACAGUACCUUCGUCGAUUGUUCUCUACUGGCUGUGCUCCAGCGUUAUGGGUCUUUCACAGAACUUGCUACUUCGAUCUCCUGGGUUUCGCCAAUUUUGCCGAAUACCAUCGACUAAAUUAGAUUCAGACACUCCUUACAAGGACCUCUUUGCUGCCUUUUAUGCCAAAUUUGUUUCCAGAAAAUGAGAUACUUUCCAGUGGUUUUCAGACAAGUGUCACUACCACCCUAUGUAUUUAGAAGAUUUAAAACUUCAAAUCUGUUUUUAAUUGCCUUUAUUUAAAAUCAUGAACUCUGAAGUACUGUGUGUUAAGAUAAAAUCCAGAUGUAUUUUACAGUGCUUAAAAUUUUUAAAGUGUUAGAAAGGUAAUAAUUUUUGUUGUUGUUGUUGUUGUUGAGUAAAUACUGCUUUAUGUCAUUGUUUCCAUUAUAGAAGUGUAGACUCCCCUCUUCAGGCAGAUUGUAUACUAAGAGUAUCAAAGUCUGGCUUUUUCUGGCUAGCAAUGCCUGAACCUUGAGAACAGAAUACUCAAUGAUGUUGAAUGCUGUUAAAUGAUGUAACAUUUGUAAAAAGAGUAACCCUAAGAAGUGAUUCUUUAAAUUUUGAAUGUGUGAAAGUUCAUAGAUCCAUUGGAGCAUCUGAUAAAGCUUUGGUUUCUCUUCAAAAAAACCUGAGACUUACAACAUGGGAGUCUGCAUUGAUCCCUCUGAAGGCUUCUGGCAACUCCUGUGCAGACCUUCUAUCUGAUCUAACAUAUGUUGAUGAUGAGAUCACAUGUGAUUUUUUUUUUUUUAAAGAUUUAUUUAUUUGUGCAUACAGAACUGGGGUACAGGCC